CGCGUGUUAGCUGAAUUCGCAGGGAUUGUAGACACUUCACUUCGCUGCAGUAGCAGUUCGGGGAUCGCGUGGACCUGUAACUUCUGCUUCAACAUCCACAGACAGCCGUAAUCUUCCCCAACUAUGAAAGAUACCUUGUGUCACAGGCGCUGUCAUUAAUCUACUUACCGGAUAGUAAACAGCACGCCGACGUAAUGGAGGCAGGCGAAGGCUAUCGCGGACGUAUUCCAUUCAAACCGCUUCAGCUGACGUUCGAGGAGCAGGAGCGAUGUCAGGAGCUCACACUGCAGCUAUUGGACCGGACGCUGCGAAGUUACGACGAGCGAGACGUCACCACGCGCGGAUCUCCACGCCACCACUCGACUCUGGAUAGCGCGCGCUGGAAGCGGCACAAGACUCAAAGCAAUGCAUCGCUCUACUCGGAGCGUCAUCACAUCGGACGUCGAGAUCUGAACAUGCCCGGCGACAACUGGGAGAAUCCGGCUGUGUUGCUCGCGGUCGGCACCAUUCAGGCCAGCUUGGACGACGUGAUGUUGGGAUUAACAACGCAGACCUUCGGGGACUUACGCGUCCGAGCGGCGUCUAUAGCGUCACAUGACGUGAGCGGAGCCACGUUAGCGAAACUGUCGGGCCCAACGGCAGAGGACCCAUAUCAGAAUCUCAGUGUAAUGUGGAUGGUAGGCGAGCAAGGCUGGCCGUUAAGCAUGAUCGUACGACCUAGGGACUUUAUUAACCUGUCGGCGUCUGGGAUUAUCACGCGAGCUAAUGGAGACCGCAUCGGGUACGAUCUGGUACAGCCGGCACAACUGCCGCAGUUGCCUGAACUUCCUAAGCCCAUGACACGAGGGAAGUUGAUGUAUGGAGCGCUGUAUAAGGAGCAGGAUGGAACUGUGGAUGUGUAUAUCCAAGUGUACGUGGAGACUAUGGGCCAUAUCUUGGAUACGAUCGUGAUGAACGCCAUGUGGAUCGCUGUGCUGGGCUUCUGGGAGGCACCGCGACUGGCGGAGGAGAAGAAACUGCAGUGGUGCAUUCUCAACAGAAUUAAGGAUCCUACUAACCGACAACGACGAGCGAUGACUGGUUCGGUGGAUCUCUCGCUUUGUGGUGUCUGCAAGGACAAAUUGAGAAGACACAGUCGAAGCAAAGACGGCGAACCAAGCGCCAACAAGACAUGUACUAUCUGUGGUGCGUUUCUGUGCUCAAAAUGCCGCGUCAAGCGAUCAUUCAAGGAGCUAACUGGUCGAAGCAAAGGGCCACCGACCAGAAGCGUGCAUGUGGUUGUGUGUAGUGUGUGUUUGACGUUAGUUAACCAGCACAGUGCGACGGAAGUUGCGUGGCAGCAGAGCCAGCAGCGUUUGCAACCUGAGAGUGAUGAUGCAGAUAGUGGACGCACGACGUGGGGGCUACUAGAUGAUGCGAUAACGCCCUCCUGGACUCCAGGACGAUACUUUUCCAUCUCCGAUGCUUCGUUUAACUUUUCCGACAAGUAGCGAGAUCGCAAACAACGUAUCGUGCGUAAGAAUUAACGGUGAUAUUGCCUUACAAUCUAAAAUCAAUGGAUCCUUCUA